UCCACGGUGUGACGUGUCCGGUUACGUCUCCUCUGUUUAUACGUCAUGACGUCGUGUGGAAACGGCUUGGGCAGGAGGUAAGAUGGCGGCGCCAGAGGAGCAGGAAUUAUCUCAGGCUCAGACUGAGAAACUCCUCCAGUUUCAGGACCUGACGGGACUGGAGUCCAUGGACCAAUGUCGGCGCACGCUAGAACAGCACAACUGGAACAUCGAGGCUGCAGUACAAGACAGACUAAACGAGCAGGAAGGAGUUCCCAGCGUGUUUAACCCACCACCUGCCAGACCCUUACAGGUCAACACAGGAGACCACAGAGUGUAUAGCUAUAUCGUCUCAAGGCCUCAGCCUAGAGGUUUAUUAGGAUGGAGUUACUAUUUGAUAAUGCUGCCGUUCAGGUUUACAUACUACACGCUUAUGGACGUAUUCAGGUUUGCCCUGAGAUUUAUAAGGCCGGAUCCACGGGGCCGCGUCACAGAUCCGGUCGGAGACGUCGUGUCCUUUAUUCAUAUUUUCGAAGAGAAAUACGGGCGCUCGCAUCCCGUUUUCUACCAGGGAACAUAUAGUCAGGCUCUGAACGACGCCAAACGGGAACUCCGCUACCUGUUAGUUUACCUUCAUGGCGAUGACCACCAGGACACUGAUGAAUUCUGCAGAAACACAUUAUGUAGUGAAGAGGUGCUGACCUUCGUCAACACGCGGAUGCUGUUCUGGGCAUGCUCUACCAGCAAGCCUGAAGGAUACAGAGUGUCUCAGGCUUUGCGAGAGAACACCUAUCCCUUCCUGGCCAUGAUCAUGCUAAAGGAUCGCAAGAUGACCGUGGUGGGCAGGCUGGAGGGUCUAAUCCAGCCUGAGGAUCUCAUCAACCAGCUGAACUUUAUCAUGGAGGCCAAUCAGACCUACCUGACGUCCGAAAGGCUCGAAAGGGAAGAGAGGAAUCAGACGCAGGUUCUCCGGCAGCAGCAGGACGAAGCGUACCUGGCUUCUCUGCGCGCCGACCAGGAGAAGGAACGCAAAAAAAAGGAGGAGCAGGAGCAAAGACGGCAGGAAGAAGAGGCGGCGCAUCAGACCCGCCUAGCCGAGGAGAGGAGGAAGAGGAGUCUCGCCGAAGAGAAAGAGCGCAAGUCUGAGUGUCUUCCUCCCGAGCCGCCACAGGACGACCCAGACUGCCUGGAAAUCAUGUUCAAGCUGCCGAACGACACGCGCGUAAAGCGGCGCUUUCUCCUGUCCCAGUCUCUGACAGUAAUCCACGACUUCCUGUUCUCCUUGAAAGAAACCCCGGAGAAAUUCCAGAUCGUGACGAGCUUCCCGCGCCGCGUACUGCCGUGUUUGCCUACGGAGGAGCAGUCGAACCCUCCGACGCUAAAGGAGGCCGGCCUGAGCCGCUCCGAGGUGCUGUUCGUGCAGGACCUCACAGACGAUUGACUUUCAGCCACAUAAUCAUGCUUUCCCUCUCACACACAAACACACACACACACACACAGACAUACAAUUGCACUCGGCCCUUUUCUGUUCAAGUCUCUAAAGCGGCCAUCGUGUGCAAGGGAUCGACGAAUCUCCUGCUGAGUAAAUUAUGGAUCCGGCUCACCUUCCUCACAGGUAACGUUUUAUGUUAGUGGCAGGUGAACAGCCUUGUAAAUACUAUAUAGAUAUUUAAAGGCGAGUGUCAGUAUAGCCCAAUUGUUUUUUUUUUUUUUUUUAAUCAAACUUGACCAGCUAACAUACAAUGAGCGUACGAGGGGCCUAACAUUCAAUUCACAUGAAGGGGCGGAGCCACAGCUUUUUGAUAGUAGUAAGUCUGCCCAUAAGUGUGCCUGUGGUCAUUCAGCAAAAAGAAAAAAAAAACCAACCCAAAACAAAAACGCCUCCUGUCUUCAUUUGAACAGGGCUGCUCAUGUAAAGAUGUAAUUUUCCUAUUCUAAAUUAAACAUUUUAAAAACCA